AUGCCUGGGGAGCCGCUGGGUACAUACGGCGGAAAUUACCAGGCACCUGCCGCCUUGGACGCCAUGCAACACGUGGCGAGCGUGUGCCUCAGUGACGGUGCCCUGUACGAAGGGCCGUUGGUUGAUGGCAAACCGGAGGGACGUGGCGUGUGCGUCUUUCCGUCAGGGGUUAUUUGCGCCGGGAGGUUUUCGCACGGACAUUUAGACGGAAACGCGGAGGUGUUGCUUCCCACCGGUGCACUUUUUUCUGGCAGCUUCAAGAGUUCUGCGGCGCACGGCUCUGGAUUGUACGUGCAGGAUGGCCGUCUGACGCGUGGCAGGUGGCAUGAGGGAUUUAUGGUGGAGCAGGCGGAGGAUAACCUGGGCGGUGGAGCUCGCGCGCAACUUUUCACGCGCAUUGCCUUUCUUCUGUGUGAUGAGCUGCAGAAACUCACGGCGGUGACUCGAGCGCCGAACUGGCAGCAUCUGUAUGUCAACAGUCGCAUCAGUGAGCCAAAAGUACGUCUCUGCAGGGAGUGUUCCCCGGAAAAGAACACCAUGCUAUCAAACAGUGAGAAGCCCGAAUAUUUCAUUGUGAAUUGCUCCUCCACGAGAAUUCCGUCACGCGCAAUCAUUUCCCGGAGUUUUGUGGACCGAGAAGCAUCACUGUCGGAUACGGAGGAGUCUCUGACGGCGGCAACGACGCAGCGGCAAACGGCACAUGCUGAGAUACAGAUGCAAGAGAAACCGGCUACAAAAAAUGCACUUGCCAUGGGGGCCUC